GGCAGACUGACAUACCUUUUACCAUUCCAUGCAUACCUCACAGAAAGCAUCAAGUAACUCGACAAAACUUGGUUAAAAGCUGUUUUUCAAUCGAAAAACUCGUACCAACUGCUACCGCCUUGUGCCUUGAUUAUUCAGCUGGGUGGACCCGUGGAUUUCGGGGCCGAUUUCGAGCAGAAAUCGAAGGGUUUGCAACAAUUGGUUGGUGAGCGGACAAUCACUGCAGCAAGUUGGGACUUUGUUGUAAGGCUGUCUGUUUUGACGCAAACCAAACAAAGACCGUUUGAAGAUACUCGCCAUAGUUAGCAGUAUUUGACAGUGUUAUCUGAGCAUCAUGUCUCAGAAUUGGAACGACCAUGACCAUGACGCAAACAACACAUCUGGAGGAGCUGACAGUGAUGAUUUGUCUAAUGAUGCAGAAGGUGUCUGGAGUCCAGAUAUAGAACAGAGUUUUCAAGAAGCGUUAGCUAUAUACCCACCUUGUGGUAGAAGGAAAAUCAUACUCUCAGAUGAAGGCAAAAUGUAUGGACGGAACGAGCUUAUUGCGAGGUAUAUCAAGUUACGAACGGGGAAAACAAGGACUCGUAAACAGGUUUCCAGUCACAUUCAGGUUCUAGCACGGAGAAAAGCUCGUGAAAUACAAUCAAAAUGCAAGGAUCAAGCGACGAAGGACAAAGCGUUGCAGAGCAUGGCGGCUAUGUCAUCGGCGCAGAUUGUCUCUGCAAGUGCUAUACACAACAAGGCAGCAAAUAAUCUGACUGGUCUUGGAAUCAAUGCUCCACAGUUGAGAAGUUCCUACCCUGGAGCCCCGAUAUGGAAUCCUACUGCUUUGGGACAACCAGGAGCCUCACCAGAUAUAAAGCCUUUCAGCUCACAACCAUAUCCUAUUUCGGCGACUGGUGCCGGCGGUGACUAUGGCAUGGCUGCAGCGCCAGGUGCACCACCAGCUUGGGAAGGACGGUCGAUUGGAACACAGAAGUUACGACUCGUAGAAUUCUCCGCAUAUUUAGAGCAACAACGAGACCCGGAAUCUUACAAUAAACAUCUUUUUGUUCACAUCGGUUCUAAUAUAACAUACUCCGAUCCUCUGCUGGAAGCGGUAGACAUUAGACAGAUCUAUGAUAAAUUUCCAGAAAAGAAAGGGGGAUUAAAGGAACUCUACGAUAAAGGAUCCCAAAAUUCAUUCUUUCUUGUUAAAUUUUGGGCUGAUCUCAACACUAAUCUCUCUGAUGAACCAGGAGCAUUCUACGGAGUUACCAGCCAAUAUGAGAGUCCCGACAACAUGACUAUUACAUGUUCAACAAAAGUGUGCUCGUUCGGUAAACAAGUUGUAGAAAAAGUUGAGACAGAGUAUGCAAGGUUUGAAAAUGGACGAUUUGUGUAUCGCAUCCACAGAUCACCGAUGUGCGAGUACAUGAUAAAUUUUAUCCACAAAUUAAAACAUCUACCAGAGAAGUAUAUGAUGAACAGUGUGUUAGAGAAUUUCACUAUUUUACAGGUUGUAACAAACAGGGAUACACAGGAGACGUUACUGUGUAUCGCGUACGUCUUUGAAGUAUCAACAAGUGAACACGGAGCACAACAUCAUAUCUAUAGACUGGUCAAAGAUUAAUUAAUAUUGAUUAGAAAUCAAUAGUUAUGGUAGUGAUAAUAAAUCCCUUCAAAGGUCUGAUAACUCCCCAGGUGGAAAAAAAACGCCUUUUUAAAUUUUUUAACAUGAACCUUGUUGCAUCCGCAUACCUCAGCUGUGGUUGCUAUGGUAACCGUAAAGCUUGAAUAAUUUGCAAUAACAUUCUGUAAUUGUGUGUAAUAUUUUCCGAAUUGAAGUUUCGUCAUCAAAAAGCAGUUGAAAACUUGAUAGAUCACAUGUGUACUAUUAGUUUUUUUUAAUUUGACCCUUUUUAAAUACUAGUUUUGUAACAACGACAAAAAUAAUGUACCAAACAGAUGCAUUUUUUUGUUGCUAAAUUCUGCAUGAUAAUAUGUAGUAGAACGUUUGUUGUAAUUAUGAACAUUUAAAUACCAGUUAUCUUGGUAAAUUUGAAGAAAACUAUUUUUUUUUUAUCAAAGGCUCAGGUAUUUUUUGUAUUGUGGUUAACCUUGAAAAGUCCAGGUGCUUUUCUAAUUUUUAAAAUGAAAUCUAAUUAUUAGAUGUGAUUUUUUAAAAAAAAAAUAUAAAAUAAUACAACUAAAAAUGAAAGGCACACUGGGAGGAAGUAAGUUAUCUGACCUUUGAAGGGUCAAAGGUCGGGUCAAGUAACUUAAAGAAAUCACUCUUUGUUGUGGUUUUGCCAAAAUAUCAUAAAAUUGCCUUAGUAUUGAACUAUUACUACUUUGUAUACAAAUAUGGCAUGAAUAUUAUCUAUUUUGUGAAAAAAUAAACAUAUUUUGGAAGCAAUAGCUCUUCGUUAAAGAACAAAAAACUAUUUGUAAACCCUUUAGUGUAUAGACUAUCUUCAUACAGAGUUGUAGAAGUUUUUAUAUCAUUUUAGCUGGAAAUGUUUUCUUCUGGAAUAUUUUUUUUUUUUUUUGCUGUUUUCUGUGUUAUUUUUCCACUGAUAUAUUUGGUUUUCUUUCUUAGGAUUUUUUUUACAACCAGUGUGGGAUUUCUGUUUUGAAACAAAUAACUUAAUCAAUAUUUUUUUUAAAUUAUCUAUUAUUAUUGCUAUACUAUUUAAUCGUGUUUCGGCAAUCAAACUUAAAUGUUAUCAUCUGAGACCCAGUCUCACCAUCCCUCAAUUUUUAACAAUAUUGGAGCCGUUGCUGCGAAAAACAGGUGAUAAGUAGUUAAUCCCAAAAUGCACUGUUUAUAGCUCAUUUGGGAGGGGAGGAGUGCCCUCUCGGUAUUUACCGAAACACUGAAGGAUGUUUGUGCCAAUUAGAAUUGUACAGUGCAUUGUGGGAGAGAAAUUGUACAAUGCAUCAUGGGAGAGAAAUUUCCAUGAAAUGCAAGCCUAAAAUACAAUCCCACAAGAUGAAUGUCAGUAACAAUGAAAUUUCAGUAAAUACCACCUUAUUGAUAAAUUUUGCUCUAAAAUGCAAAAAAUAUGAUUAAUUAACUUAUUUUAGUCCAUGAGAAUUGAAACUAGGUACUUAAACGUUAAAAGUUUUUUCCCCCCUCCAUUUUCUGCAUCUUGAUUGAAAUCUAACAAGCAGUGUGAUUCAAAUCUCCUUGGAAACUAUUGUCUCCAUCAUGGAUACCAGAUCAUGUUGUUGAACUUUGACCCCCUUGAAACUACUUGGUAUUAAGACUUAUCCGCUGUACACUGGAGGGAAACCUUCACUGAUCCAGGAUUAUUGGGUAUGCAAUCAAAGAUGAUAACCCGGUAUCUGUUUUAACACUGAUUUCAAUGGCUGUAAAAUUACCUGAGAAUACCUGCAUAUCCACUGUAGAAAAUACAGAGAUUCCAGCUGACCUCAUUUUGUACAUUUUUUUUUUUUUUGCAUUCUGAUAUUUUGCAAGCUGUCCAGACAAAUUUGUGUAUCUUAAGCUUAAAACAAAGACUGACACAGGGCUUGAAUUUUGUGGAAACAUUAAAGACAAUUAUUUUGGCACCCAAUGAGUUUUCCUUGAUGCUCAAGUCAUCAAUCGAUCAUCUCUCAACUCAAUUCAACUCAAAAUUCCAGUCCUGAAAAUGUCUGUAUUUAUUCUAUGUGAAGAAUUUACUGCCUUUUUUCUGAUCACAAUUUGAAGUCGUUUUGUGGGGGGAUGGAGGUCAAAUGUGGUUGUAAAGAUAUAUUUUUGUGUCAUACUGCGAGUGAGAUUGCCUUAUAGGACUCUUUAAAUGAGGGGGGGGGGGCAAAGAGGAGAAUAAUGUUAAAGUUGUACUGUUAGGUCUUAUUGAGCAGGAGGGGGUUAAUUCUGUGAUUAAGAUUACAGUAUGGGAGGGGGGGUCACAUUGGGCCUGUGCUUCAUGUUGUCUGUUACCAAAAUGCUCAGUGGUUUGAUUGGCUGCGAUAUCAAUGCAGUGCUCAGAUCAGUGUUCGAUUGGAAAUGCCAUCUGUAGACAGGAAUGAUCUGAAAUUUCCUGUAGUCAAUUUCUGGUUUGUAUGCAUGAUCAGUAGUGGAAUAGUUUGGUCACAUCUCAAGGUGUCUUGAUUCAUCUCCUGUCUAGUUCAAGUUUUCCAUACCAUAUUUGCUCUAUUAGUAGUACAAUAUUUUAAAGGCAAGUCUAGGCUUCACAAAGGCAGAAUGCAAUUAAUUUUUCUAUAUCACUUUUGAUUCUCUUGAUAUCCAAAUUUAAAUCAGUAUAUUUUGAUUUUCCUUGAAUUUUGAGAAAAAUUAUGAAAAUGUUUUAAUAAUUUAAAAAAUACUGAUGCAAAUACGAGUGUUACUUGCUGACUGUGAUGUCAUACUUCACCUAUAAUCUUUUGCUGGAGAAUCAAGAAAAAUUGAACAUUUAGAAACUAACUAAAUUGCAUUUGUGGAGUUCUUAUUUGGGAGUUGGCCCAGUCUUGUUCUUCUUGGAUAUAGUACACAACAGAUUUGAUUUCAAGCAAUAACUUCUGAAGAUGCACUUCUAUUGAGCAAAUACGGUACCAAUGAAAAAAAAAAAA